AUGCACCAAACCCCACAAUGGGCUCCUAGUUCAAAACCGGGCCGUUGUUUGUCUCCAAGUGGCCAAGACCUGACCCGCGUUGACUAUCGUCUCUGGUUGAAGAGCCUGAUUGAUGCGAGCCACCACAGCCUAAAUGAUUGGUUCUACUUAGCUCUAUUUCAUUUUACAGUUUUGCUUGUUGUGGCCUGUCGACGCAAAUCGUGGAUUGGUUAUACCGGAUCCCUAUUGCCAUACCGUUGUCGGAUACUUCUGUGA